AUGAGUAAUGAAAAUAAAAACAUAAACGAGGAUCUAAAGGAGAAAAAACAAGAAUCUGAAGGAUCCCAAAAACUCAAAGACUCUAAGGACAAGAAAAAUGACAACUCGAAACAAGAUGAGAAAGAGGAGCUUUCCGAAGAGGAUUUGCAGCUCAAAAAUGAUUUGGAAAUGCUGGUAGAGCGUAUUGUUGAAGCCAAUCCGGAAUUGAUUGAGGCUGCGCUGGUCCAGCUGAAAGAUGCCAUUAGAACAUCUACUUCUUCUAUGACGGCUGUUCCUAAGCCAUUAAAGUUCUUGCGUCCUCAUUAUCCUACGCUUGUUAAUGUUUAUGAAAAGUGGGAAGAUGGAAAGCAGAAAACCCAGCUUGCAGACAUUCUGUCAGUGUUGGGAAUGACAUACAGUGAACCAGGAAAAAGAGAGUCAUUAAAAUACCGUCUCCAAGGUGUGACUUCAGACCCUGUGUCUUGGGGUCAUGAAUACGUUCGUCAUUUGGCUGCUGAAAUCGGCGAAGAGUAUUCCGAUCGCCAGCAAAAGGAACUAGACACUAAGGAUCUGUAUAGCCUGUCAAUGGAGAUUGUUCCAUUUUUCCUUAAUCACAAUGCUGAGGCAGACGCAAUCGACUUGCUGCAAGAAAUUGAGGCCAUCGAUCGGUUGCCAGAGUUCGUUGAAGCUGACAAUGCCUCUCGUGUAUGCCUGUAUCUGACAAGCUGUGUUAAUUUAUUACCCUUUCCCGAGGAUGUCGCACUGCUGAAAACUGCCCAUGCCAUCCAUCGAAAAUUCGAUCGCUUCACCGAGGCACUCAACAUAUCUAUUCGUUUGGCCAGCAUGUCUAUGAUUAAAGACGACUUUAAUGCUGUCACUGAUCCCCUUGUAAAAAAACAAAUGGCCUUCAUGUUGGCCUGUCAGCAAAUUCAAAUGAAAUGUGAAGAUGAGUCUUUGGAUGAGGCUAUUCGUAACACACGCCUUUCAGAGUUUUUCCACUAUCUUGGAAAGGAGCUGAACCUUAUGGAGCCCAAGCUUCCCGAAGACAUUUACAAAACUCAUCUUGAUAUGCCUCGCAGUGGUCUUGGUUCUUCCAGCAUGUUUUCUGCUAAACAAAAUCUCGCUUCUACCUUUGUAAAUGCUUUCGUUAAUGCUGGCUUCGGUGCUGACAAGCUUAUAAUGCAAAACGAGGAAGAAGCUUCUUGGAUCUAUAAGAACAAGGAUACCGGUAUGCUUACAGCUACAGCCUCAUUGGGUAUGCUGCACUUGUGGGAUGUUGAAAUUGGUCUUUCUGAGCUUGACAAGUAUCUCUACAGUACGGAAGAGAACAUCAAAGCCGGCGCUUUGCUGGGUAUUGGUCUCGCCAAUGUUAGUGUACACAACGAAGCUGACCCCGCUAUCGCCGUGCUUUCAGAAUAUCUGGAGAUGGGCUCGGCAAAGCUUCGUAUGAGUGCCAUUGUUGGUUUGGGUUUGGCUUAUGCCGGUUCCAACCGUGAGGAUUUGUUAGAUAUGCUGUCGCCCUUCGUUACAGAUGUGUCUAUCGGACUCCAAUUGCCUUGCCUUGCCGCAUUAUCGUUGGGUCUUAUUUUCGUUGGCUCCUGUAACGGUGAUGUUGCUAGCAUUAUUCUUCAAACUCUCAUGGAGCGUGAACCCGAAUCACAGGACAGCUCUUGGGGAAGAUUCAUGGCCUUGGGUCUUGCACUUUUGUUUAACGGAAAGCAAGACCUUGCUGACGCCACUAUUGAGACGUUGAGAGCCAUCGAAGGUCCUAUUGCUGAGCAAGCUCGCAUACUUGUCGACAUUUGUUCAUAUGCUGGCACCGGCAAUGUGCUUAAAAUCCAAAACUUGCUUCACAUUUGCAGUGAGCCUGUACCGGCGGAGAAGGAAGGUGAAACCACUGUGCAAUCGCUUGCAGUUCUCGGUGUAGCAAUCAUUGCAAUGGGUGAGGAUAUUGGUGCUGAAAUGGUCACACGGCAGUUUGGUCAUAUGAUGCACUAUGGUGAAGCAUCUAUUCGCAAGGCUGUUCCCUUGGCUCUUGGUUUGCUCUCUGCCUCUAAUCCUGAAAUGAAAAUUUUUGAUACCCUUUCUCGUUACAGUCAUGACAGUGAUCUUGAUGUUGCAUACAAUGCCAUUUUUUCUAUGGGUCUUGUUGGUGCCGGUACAAACAAUGCUCGUUUAGCCCAACUCUUACGUCAACUGGCAAACUACUAUCACAAGGAGUCGAAUGCUCUGUUUAUGGUUCGUAUUGCUCAAGGCCUUCUGCAUAUGGGCAAGGGCACUGUGACAGUGAAUCCAUAUCAUACUGAUCGUCAAAUUCUUGGUCAGACAGCAUUCGCUGGUCUGUUAACCGUUGCGUUAGGAUUGCUUGACGCUAAAACUCUCAUGCUUGACUCUUCUCACUGGCUAUUCUACUAUUUGGCUCUAGCUAUGCGGCCACGCAUGCUGCUCACUUUGGGUGAAGAUGGUCAACCUCUGCCUGUAAGCGUUCGUGUGGGACAAGCUGUUGAUGUCGUUGGUCAGGCCGGUCGUCCCAAGGUCAUUACGGGUUGGGUUACGCAUACGACGCCUGUUCUUCUGCAUCACAAUGAACGAGCUGAGUUAGCGACUGAGUCGUAUACACCUCUGUCUACCAUGGAGGGCAUUGUGAUUCUUAGAAAAACGACGAGCGAUGACAUGGAUGUUAGUGCAUGA